GAGCAUCGAGGACGACCACCGGCUGAAGGAAGUUGGCUGAUUGGAACCUUCAGUGUUCAACUGGUGUUACCUGCAUCAUGGAACGUCCCACACAACCCUGCCCCCUCGGCGAGGACCACGGCGUUCUCCUCAACUCCUCGGAUGAGGUAGGUGAGGUUGACAUUUAUGCUGUGGGUGAAGUUGAUUUUAUUCCCCUGGCCUUCCCGGAUGACAACGAGGAGCAGGAAAAGGAUGAAGAGGAGGAUGAAGAGGAGGAUGAAGAGGAGGAGGAAGAGGAGCGGCCCAUGUUGGCAAUGGACAGGCAACUGAUGCACUUUGGUCUGGAGGCAGCAUUGUAUUUUCUGGAGGAGCAACACCAUGAGGAGGAAGAGGAUGAUGAGGACUGGAAGGAUUCUGGGUACGACUCCAUGUCUGUGUGCGACUCCCUUUCUGAGGACGAUUGGAUGGACUGGGUGGCACCUACGGAAGAAAUGCAACAAGAAGCUUUCCUGCAGUUUGUACUACUGCAACAUCCCCCACUUCCUUCACAUGUGGACCUUCCCGAAGAAGCGCCGAGUCCAGUCCCCCAGACGUCAGGAUUGUCCACCAAGAGGAGCAGGGAAGAGGACGACGCAGGGCAGGUAAGUAGGAAGAGGCAGAGGGAUGAGGACGACCAUGUGGACACAGCCGAAGAGGACUACAGGAACUCGGCACCCUCCACUUCAGGCCGAGCCCCACCCACAUUCAGAAGAUACUGGCAGUGGGCGGAAGACAGCGACUCGGAUUGAUGUCCUGAAGAAGCGCUGACAGCGCGUCAGGAGUGUCCUCCAAGAAGAGGACAACACAGGGCAGGUAAGUGAGAAAAGGCUGAGGGACGGUUACGAGGACCAUGUGGACAGUCCCUUGUUCUUCAGGGCUAGGCCCCUCAUCCACUAAAAUGACCAAGGAAGAGGACUACAACAUACUGGCAGUUGGCUGAAAACAGCAACUUGAUUGACAGCGACAUUCUGAUUGCUGCAGGAUGUAAAAACCGCCUUCCGCCGUGUUCAGCGAG